CUUUUGUUUCCACUUCAGUUUGGGAGCUAGAAGUACAGUAUCUACUUUUGCCAGUGAAGUUCUACUUGUGGAGAGACCAAGAUAACAUGUUUCCAAAGAUGGCUCAGUGGGCCUUACAGGUUUUUUGAGAGUAACCUCUUCCUGAGGUUCUGGUCCUACAAAGGAAAGAGGCUUGGAGAUCUUUUACCCUUUGGGAGCUGCUGAAGAGCAGAGAGUGAACGUGGAUGGAGAAAGACCAGAAUGUAAGGGAGCAGCCAUUUGUCUUCUUCCUCUUCACAGGGAGAGUAGUGCGAAAGUGAGGAAAAACACCAGGCAGAAGAUUCUGGAUCUUGAAAGGACAAUGAGCUUCAAUGUACGAAGACAAUUCUUCAAGGAUUUCCACCAUCAGCAGGCUGAGGGACCUCGAUGGGUUUGUACCCAACUCUACGACUUUUGCCAUCAGUGGCUGAACCCAGAAAAGCACACAAAAGCUCAGAUGCUGGACCUGGUGGUCCUGGAACAGUUCCUGGCCAUCUUGCCCCUGGAAAUGGAGAGCUGGGUCCGGGAGUGUGGGGCGGAGACCAGUUCCCAGGCGGUGGCCCUGGCAGAAGGCUUCCUCCUGAGCCAGGCAAGAGAAGAAGGAUCUGGAAGAGUUUCAGGUCUUGUUGGUUCCAAGGGGGUGAUAAUGAAUAUUUGGGGAAUUUCACCUGGGGUCAAUUCUACCCCCAGUUCCUGUGAACCAUUUUGAUCCUGGUUUCCUCU